UCAAGAACCGUUCAUGUGGGGGAAACACAAAUAGGAGCGACACUUAAAGCGAGCCUGCUAGCCAAAUGGUGAAAUUCUGGAGGAGAAAAGGAGACACAAGAAAGGAAGAAUGCUGUGCAGAGGAUCAGGAGCAAAAGGAGUUGAAAGUCAGACUUCUUGAAGCCAACUCUAGCAAAGAGAAAGAGCUCUGCCUGUGCCAGCCAGACCCAGUCUCCAGUGCUGGUCCCCCUGAUGGCACGUUGUACAACCCUGUGAAACCUGCCAAGCUGGACGCCACAGCUUUGCACGACUGCACUUUGGCCGGCACUGUGCCUCCUUCGGAGCCGUCGAAUCAUGCAGUCCUAGCCCGCGACACAGGCAUCCACGAGGAGCACUAUGUAAGUGAAGGGGUGGAAGAUGAUGUGCCAGACUGCAGAGAGUACAGAGAUGCCUGCACCAUUACUGAUGUGUGCAAUAGUACCAACCUUCCUGAAGUUGAAAUCAUCAGUCUACUGGAAGAACAGCUGCCUCAUUAUAAGCUAAGAGCAGAUACAAUCUAUGGUUAUGACCACGACGACUGGCUUCACACACCUCUCAUUUCCCCUGAUGCGAAUAUUGACUUAACAACUGAGCAAAUAGAAGAGACCUUGAAAUACUUCCUUUUAUGUGCUGAAAGAGUGGGCCAGAUGACUAAAACAUACAAUGACAUAGAUGCUGUAACACGUCUUCUUGAAGAGGCAAAACGGGACUUAGAAUUAGCUGCUCGGAUUGGCCAGUCACUGUUAAAGAAGAAUAAAUCACUGACAGAAAGAAAUGACUUCCUAGAGGAGCAAGUAGAACACAUCAGGGAAGAGGUUUCUCAGUUGCGACAUGAGCUCUCCAUGAAAGAUGAACUGCUCCAGUUCUAUACCAGUGCUGCUGAGGAAAGUGAACCAGAGUCCAUCUGUUCCACCCCGCUGAAGAGGAAUGAAUCUUCCUCCUCCGUCCAGAACUACUUUCAUUUGGACUCUCUUCAAAAGAAACUCAAGGACCUUGAAGAGGAAAAUGUUGUGCUUAGAUCUGAGGCCUGUCAGCUGAAGACUGAAACAAUUACUUAUGAAGAGAAAGAACAACAGCUUGUCAACGACUGCGUAAAAGAGCUGAGGGAUGCAAACAUCCAGAUUGCCAAUAUCUCCGAAGAGUUAGCAAAGAAAACUGAAGAUGCUGCCCGGCAACAAGAAGAAAUCACCCAUCUUCUCUCUCAGAUAGUCGAUCUGCAGAAAAAGGCCAAAGCUUGUGCAGUUGAAAAUGAGGAACUUGUCCAGCAUCUGGGAGCAGCUAAGGAUGCCCAGAGACAGCUCACAGCAGAGUUGCGAGAGCUGGAAGACAAGUAUGCAGAGUGCAUGGAAAUGCUUCAUGAGGCUCAAGAAGAGCUGAAAAACCUCAGAAACAAGACAAUGCCAAAUGCUAUAUCACGUCGGUACCACUCCCUCGGACUCUUCCCUAUGGAUUCUUUGGCAGCAGAGAUAGAAGGGUCAAUGAGGAAAGAACUGCAUUUAGAUGAACCCGACUCUCCUGAUUUGGCUCAUCAGAAGCGGGUCUUCGAGACAGUGAGAAAUGUUAAUCAAGUUGUCAAGCAGAGAUCCAUGACUCCGUCACCAAUGAAUAUCCCAGGCUCUAACCAGUCCUCUGCUAUGAACUCAGUCAUUUCUAGCUGCGUCAGCACUCCACGUUCCAGUUUCUAUGGGGGAGACAUCUCUAACAUUGUGAUAGACAACAAGACCAAUAGCAUCAUCUUAGAGACAGAAUCCUCUGACAAUGGAAAUGAGGACAGGAUGAAGAAGCCUGGAACUCCAGGGACACCAGGCUCCAGUGACCUAGAGACUGCCCUUCGUAGGCUUUCCCUCAGGCGGGAGAAUUACCUCUCGGAACGGAAGUUCUUCGAAGAAGAGCAGGAAAGGAAGUUGCGGGAACUGGCAGAAAAGGGAGAACUCCAUAGUGGUUCUGUUACCCCCACAGAGAGCAUCAUGUCACUGGGAACUCACUCCAGAUUUUCAGAAUUCACUGGAUAUUCAGGAAUGUCUAUCAGCAGUCGCUCCUACCUACCAGAAAAGCUUCAGAUUGUGAAACCACUAGAAGGUUCUGCCACUUUGCACCACUGGCAGCAGCUGGCUCAGCCUCACUUAGGUGGGAUCCUGGACCCAAGGCCCGGAGUUGUCACUAAGGGCUUCAGGACCCUAGACCUGGACCUGGAUGAAGUGUACUGCCUUAAUGACUAUGAGGAAGAUGAGACAGGUGACAUUUCUUACAAGGGCCUAACUACCUCGACGCCAGUUCAGCACACAGAGACCUCAGGUGAGAGGUCACAAGCACAAGUGACUGUUUCAGACAACAAGAAUAACCCCCGCCAAUCUCAGGCUUUCACAGAGGAGAUGCAGGAGUCCGCGACUGACGAUGAUGAGGGGUCUGUACCUCAUCCUGGGAAGUGCAUGUCACAAACCAACUCCACCUUCACCUUCACCACCUGCCGCAUUCUGCACCCCUCCGAUGAACUCACACGAGUCACUCCAAGCCUUAACGCAGCACCUACUCCAGCUUGUGGCAGCAUUAGCAAUUUGAAAGGCACCCCGGUGGCUACUCCCUGCACUCCUCGGCGUCUGAGUUUGGCUGAGUCCUUCACCAACCUCCGUGAAUCCACGACGACAAUGAGCACGUCUCUGGGGCUGGUGUGGCUGCUGAAGGAAAGGGGCAUCUCGGCAGCAGUGUACAAUCCGCAGAGCUGGGACAGAGCCAGCAGGAGCACCCUGCUGAACACAUACUCCCCUAAAAUGGCCAUCAUUCCUUCCACUCCACCAAACUCACCUAUGCAGACACCUUCUUCUUCCCCUCCAUCUUUUGAGUUCAAGUGCACCAGCCCACCUUAUGACAACUUCCUGGCUUCGAAGCCUGCUAGUUCAAUCUUGAAGGAGGUGAGGAAUAAAAAGAACAUCAGGAACAGUGAGAGCCAGACUGACGUGUCUGUUUCCAACCUUAAUCUCGUGGACAAAGUCAAGAGAUUUGGUAUCGCCAAAGUUGUGAGUUCAGGGCAAACAUCAGCUCCUCCUUUAACUGAUGACCAGGGACCUCUUCUCUGUGGGGCACAGGGACCAGUGAGGGCCCUUGUUCCUGGAGGCCUGGCACCAGAUGGUCUCCCACUGGGCUGCCCUGCCGUGACCAGUGCCAUUGGAGGCAUCCAGCUGAACACUGGCAUCCGAAGGAAUCGGAGCUUCCCCACCAUGGUGGGUUCCAGCAUGCAGAUGAAAGGCCCGACAUCUCUCACUUCGGGGAUCCUCAUGGGAACCAAGCUCCCGAAGCAAACUAGCUUACGAUGAAGGACUUUAUUUUUACAGCUAGUCUUUUUAAAUGAAAAUAUUUAGAUUCUUUCUCCAACCUCCCUUUCCUUCCCCCACCACCCCUUCAUUGCCUCUUGAGUUUGACAAAUCAACUUCGUGCCUAAUGGGAGAAAUGUGUAAACUUUGUAUAAAAUGUGUAAAUAUGUACCAGAUCUAUUGUAACUAAUUGGAUUAUUUUACUGUUCAAUUGAGUGCAAAAGGCUCUAUGUUAUGAUUGCUGUAUUAAGGUUAACUUGCUAACCUUUUGAAAAGGUUUUUUUUUUUUUAAGAUGCACUGAAAAAAACAAAAGAGCAAAACCAACAAAAAGUAACUUGACUAGAAAAACGUGAAUUCUGUAGCUAGCCUCACUUGAGUCAAAGGUGCAUGGGAAGCUAUUGAAUGUGUUAUGUGAGACCUCUCAUUACAUCACUUGAAGCAUGGGAGCAUUUGUGCUUCAUUAAAUACUGAAAAAAGCACUCAGUUUAACAUGUGGUAGUUUUAAUUUUGCCUCUGUAGAUGAGUUGAGCUGAGUUAUUGGAGUGCCUGGCUAUUAUGCCUGAAUGGAUGAAACUUCUUUUUUUUUUCCCCUGUUCUGUAUUUGCCUCCUCCCCAAAAUUAUAAACUUGAACUAAUACUGGGUUGAGGUCAACAGGCCUACUGGGUACCUGGAAUAGUGACAUAUUCCUACCACCACUGUUUCAUUUGGCAUGCUUACACUCUGUGCAACUUCUGGUUUUGUUUGUUUGUUUGUUUGUUUUUGUCAUUUUUGUUUGGUUGGGUUUGAGGUUUUUUGUUUUUGUUUUCUUUUUCAAUGCUGCACUGGACUGUGGAAGGGAAAAUGCUUUACUAUGUGUUGCUGCCACUGAAACAUGCUUUGUCAGUGCCCCCAAAGAAAAGAGUUUUCACAACUUGUGAGGUAAACACGGCAGUGACUUCCUAGAAGUCAAAGUUGUGGAACAGAUUGACAGAUAAGAAUGUUAUAAAAGAACAUGUAGCAAAACCAGUAUUAGGAAAAGGUGCAUCCUUGAAACCUCAGCAGAGAAUCACAGAAAACAUUUAGUAACGGAAUGGUACAGGCUGGAAAGAGCAACUUGCAGUCCUGGUGCUGAUCUUCAUGUUUUAUUCAUGUCGAAGACCAUGGCCUUGUCAGCAGGGUGAGAAUAUUCCCUACCGAUUUUCUGUGUUCUUUUUUUCAGAGAAACCUUUUUCAUCCAAAGUUGGACCUUAGUAUAGGUAAAAGUAUGGGAAACACUUUAUUUUCACAGCGUUUUUAAACUGAAAAAGUACCUGCCAAAACCAAACAUAUAACUCCCCGCCUUUUCAGAAAGGAAACAAAAGACCUUACACAACCUUUAGUUGCCAGGCAGUCCUAACUAUAUCACAGUUUUUUCUCUCUUCCUCCCAAAAUUCUGCUGGGUGCUUGUAGAAAGAGCUGAAAUACCUUGGAACUGGAACAGACUGGUGAGAGCUUGUUUCUAAAGCAGAGCUGACAUACAUUUUUUGUUGGAAGAGGGGAUGGAGAGGAGCGAAGUGGGGAGGGUUUAGCAUCCACUUUCUUUUCCUUGCACUUCUUGUGGCAUCUAAAUCAAGCUCCCUGUUUGUUGCCAUUAUCACACUACACGUAAUUGCCAUGAAUUGCCGUUUGUACCAGACUGUUACUAAAUUAUUAGCACUGAUAAUUUCUUGUAUAAAUGAAACUGUGUUUUAGUCUUUGUGAUGAGAGAUAGGUGGGUGGGUUGUUUUUUUUCUGAAUGAAGUAGUUAUUGCAGUAGUGCUAUGGACACUAAGGAUAUUUUUUGAGAAAGAAAAAAACACAUCGGUCAGUUACAGCAUGUGUUUGAAAACUAUUUAUUCUAUGAACUUACAAUGUUUUAGUAAAAUGCCAUCAGCUCUGUUUGCUAUUGUAUGUGUGCACUUAUUGCAAGUAAAUUUAAGUAUCUUUUUAUUUGAAUGUAUCUUAAACCAGUAGAUAGAAUAACAGUUGGUUCUGAAAAAAAAAUAUGGACUUAAUGGACCAUUUUAUAUACCCAGAGGAAGAAAGCAAUACCAUAUGGAGAACUUAAAGUGUAGAAGUUAAUCAUGCAAUUGGAAGUAUUUAACCUUUGAAUAAGCAGUAGGAGCUGUCCACCCACCAGAGAAAGCUAUUGUAACACAUCAGAAAGAUGAAACUUAAUUUUUUCUUCACUAAUAUCAAUAAAAUAACAGAAAAAAUGCA